CAACUAGCGAGGUACAAUUCGGAACCAGUUGUGGUCUCACUGCAGCGGGAUUACCGAAGCUGGUCUUUUACAUUUCCAGCUGUGACGGCUUGCUUCUUGGAGCGAAGGGACCAGGAGAAAAUGAAGGCAGUAAUACAACGAUUCUGGAACGUAACAGAAGAUAACCCAGAAAAAUUCCAAUAUUACCAGGAGUUUAUGGAACUGAUAACCGAUAUAUCAUUCCGCGAGAACUUGCAGAACUUCUGGAAGUACCAGAACGAUGCCAGCUUGAUGGGAAUCGAUCUUCUGCAAUUGGCGAUUGACGUUCAUCCAGAUUUCGCCCUCAAUGUCACUUUAUCUCAUCACGUUGAGGUACAAUGGAUUCCAGUUAUGACUGAAGAGGGUCUCUGCAUGACAUUCAAUUCAGAGUACGCGCAGUUCCAACAGACCUCCGAUGUGAGGAGACGCCAAAAGCUGAUGAUGUGUCAUUAUCAUAGCGAAUUCUGCUUCGUUCGGAUCGAUGCUUCGACCCAGGGUGUCAGGUACUUUAUCCAUUCGCCAUACGACAUCGCGACAGCUAUAUCCAACCCGACAGGGGAAAUAUAUCCAGGGGAUGAACUAAACACGGAUUUCAAGAUGGUGGAGAUUGUAGCUGCCGAUAGAAUAAAGAGUUUGCGGCCUGAACAAAGGCGAUGCAAGUAUCCGGAUGAGUGGCUUGCUGAUUCUAUUAAGGCUUAUAGUUUUGGCCUGUGUCAAAUGCACUGCAGAACUAAGAUGGCGAUAAUGUUCUGUGGCUGUCGACCAUAUUUUCAUACUAAAGGGGAUGGCGACGUCUGCGAUUCGGACGGCAUGGCGUGCAUCGGGCGAAACGUGGAGAUUCUUGUCAAUCUCCCAAAGAACCUCGCCAAGUGCACCUGUAUACCUCAGUGUGCCGAGCUCAAUUACUACUCUCAUACAAAGAAGAUCCUUGUUCGUUUUGCCGUUUGGUUUGGAUGUUGGAAUAUUAGGUGUUGCGGCGUAUUUUUAUACAAAAUUACCAAAGCCAGAAUCAAAUAAUGUUAGUAGUAUAUUUGGGCCCGAAGCUGGGUCGAAGGAGAGUGAGAAACAUCCUGACCGAGUUGUUAAAUGCAUUGCUCAUAGAGGAGCUGGAUUGGACGCUCCAGAGAAUACAAUGCAGGCUUUUAAAUACUGUGUUGCUAUGGAGUGCAAUUUUGUAGAGAUGGAUGUGAGAUCAUCUCGUGAUGGUCAGCUGGUGCUCCUUCAUGAUCAGGGUCUGGAACGGCUCACUGGAACUGACAUUGCCGAUGUAAGGAUCAUGGACUGGGAUAGCAUUAAGAAUAUCAAUGUUGGUGCAACACAUCCUAAUAGGCAACACUACAAAGAUGUCACUCUUUGUUUGCUAGAUGAUGCCAUAGAUUAUCUCUUAGCCAAUAAAGUCAGGAUGAUAAUUGACGUCAAGGGUGAAGACAAGCAGGUAAUAAAUGGUAUUGUUCGUGUGUUCUCGUCCAAUCCAAUAUUGCAUGAAUACGCGGUGGUGACCACAUUCAACCCUUUCAUACUAUAUCAGAUACGAAAAAAAGAUCCCAAUAUUGUUGGAGCCAUUAGCUAUCGUCCAUACUGCUUCAGUGCUUUGAACUAUGAUGCCGAGAACGGACCCACAAAUCCUCGAUUCGCUGGUCGGUUGGCAAUGCAAGUAUUCGUUCGCUUGUUGGACGUGAUUCACUCGGCACUGUGGCGAUGGACAGCACGUUGGUGUUCAGUUAGCGCAGUUCUUCUUCACAAGGAUAUCGUCAGUCCCCGUGAAGUGGAGUACUGGCGCGGUCUGGGCAUUCGCGUGGCAGGGUGGUGCGUCAAUAGGCCAGUCGAGAAGUUGUACUGGCGGGCUGUUCUAAGGGCGCCCUAUUUAGCCAACACCCUGAUGGGGGAGCCAGAGAUUGAAAAGAAAGUUAUGCACCAAGAUGAGUAUUCGGAUCCGGAGCGUCCAAUUCGUUCCAUGGAGCUGGAGAAAAAAUUAUCUUCCGGUCAGAAUUAAUAUAAUAAUAUUAUAAUUAUUAUUACGUAACUUCUAGUUUCAGAUGUGCUUCGAAGACUGUUUAUAUCUCUUAAAGUACCCUUUUGAGUGCUCUUUCGUCUCCUCUCCUGUUUAUGCUGUAAAGAGUUUACUGGUGAAGUUUAAAUUCUUUAAUAAUAAACGGGUACCUAAAUUUGGUCGAUUUUUGAUACUUUAAGUAAUUUUUUUUAAAUGUAUUUUUGACAAGUCAUUUACAGGGGACGAGUAAAUAAGCAACCAAGUGUCUUACUUACGAUACCAACAGAACUGUAUGUAGAAUAACUAAUUUUUGAUAAAAAUUUGUCGACACGAACUGUCAUUUAUAUACAAAAGUUUUUGACUUUCUACAUACACUACUGUUAAGGCAUCUUGACUAAUCCCCUGAUUCGUUGAGUCAGCGUCUAGAUCGUAUGUGUCAAGUGUCAAUUGUCACUGACUAGUGACACUUUACAAAUGACGCAUUACACGUGGUAUCUGAUACUUUUAAAUUGACAAUUUUAUUAUUACUAUUACUGAUUUUUUAACAUAAAUAACAAUUUAAACUUUACCAGUUUCCAUCAAUAAGCGUUUCUCGUAAGCGUUAAGUAACUUAGUUAUUUACGAUGUACCCAAAGCUAUAUUUAAAUAGUAUUAUUUACCAAAUAUAUUUUGUUUCUCCAGAGUAAAGAAUGAAAAUUUGAAGAAACUGAAUUGUGGGGUUAGAUUUUUUUAUUUUUUUAGUUUUAGACAUGUAGUUACCAUAGAUUUUUGUAAUGAUUUGACACUUGUAGUCGAUAGAAUUGUCAAUGACAACGAUAUGAAUUUUUGACAGUUGACAUUGUCUGUGAACAAAAGCUAGAACAAUGUGGGGCGUGAGACAAAAACUAUUUGAGAUUUGGGUGACCCUACUCAAGUAUUUAUUAUAACUAUGUAUUAAUUCUAAUACAUAUUAUUAUAAAAAGGAGUGUGUACUUAUGUAGGUACAUGCGUUAGAAGUUAUACUUCUUUGGCGUAUGGAAAAAAUAU